AUGAAACUAGACAGCAAAGAAACAGAUAUAUUAGAAAAUGAUGCUGAAUUAGAUCUUGAAAUUUGGCCCGAGGAUUUAAACAGUAUCAAGCAAAAGACCCAGGAAAAUGAUAACACAGACAAUUUGUUUUUCGUUGAUACUGAUCCCAACGAUGAAGCAACACCUGUCAUACCAAAAUACACUCAAGGUUCAACAGUUAUUUCUAAUGACGAUGCGGAAACACCAGAGCCUACGUCAGUUCUCCGCAGAGGACCAAUAUGCUUCAACUGCGAUGGAGACCAUUAUUUAAGAGACUGCCAGUUACCUAGAAACAAUACCAGGAUUGCUGGUAAAAGGAAAAACAUUCCAAAUAAACUUGGCCGUUACCAUGUGGAAGAUGAACAGAAGUAUGGUCAUCUUAUUCCUGGAAGAAUAUCUAGUCAGCUGCGACAUGCAUUGGGUUUAAAGAGAUAUGAGCUCCCCCUUCAUAUAUACCGCAUGCGGUUGCUUGGCUAUCCUCCAGGCUGGUUGGAGGAGGCUAGAAUUUCACAUUCUGGAAUAACUAUGUUUGAUUCAGCUGGUAAUGCCAUUUUGGAUGCUGAUGAAGAAGAAGGUCAGAUUUGUGAAGCAGGCUCUAAAGAUAAGUUUGAUAUCAAGAAGAUUCUUGAUUUCCCUGGUUUUAAUGUACCAGCCAGCUCAAGAUAUAAAGAGGAGGGUGAAAUGCUUGGUAUGCCACCAAUGUCCGAGCACGACAGCAAACUAUUGAUGCUUCAGACGUUGGCGCCUAAUGCGAUGAAAGCAUACAAACGAAAAAAAUUAACAUUCUUUCCAUCUGGCACUCCAAAUAACUCAAUGCAGAACAGUCAAGCUGAGAUGGAACUAGACAGCGGAGAUGAAGUUGCGGAGUUUCCCUCAGUACCUCCCCUGCCGGACGAAGCGCCGCCUCCCCCGCCGCCGCCCCCCGAGAACCCACCACCACCACCCCCUGAGAGCCCACCACCGGCCCCAUCCCCACCAGCAGCACUCUCACCGGCCAUUAAAAACGACAAAGAACCGCGCCAAGACACCCCCACAAAAGCUAAAUCAAACGAAGACAACCAGACUAGUGAAGACCUGGAGAUAAUCUCAGUGAGAACAGUCGCUGACAUCCCUGUUCCCGAGGACGAUCUGAUCGUCAUCGACGAGUACACGGAGAGUGGCUGUGGCUGGAGCAGUCCUACGCUGGACGAUCUAGAAGACAAGAAGAGGCAGCUGCUAGAUGCUCUCGGUGAGCAAACGCCGUCGAAGGCUCCCGUUGAAAUCCAACUAGGAAACGAUGGAACACGGACAGAAGGUAAUCACGCCGAAGUUCAACAAAAGGCGCCAGAAAAAACGGAACAGACGGAGAGCGAAGUAAGCACAGAGUCACCGGCCGCAGAACAAGUGACUGCAGCGAUUUUCGAGAACCCACUGCCCACGAGUCCAGAAGCUUGCAAAGAGCAGUCGGCCAGCGACGUCAGUGCGGCCGAGGAAAUAUUCAGCGCACCAGUUUCGGAGCCCCCACUGCCCACCACGAGUCUAGAAGCUUCCAGAAGCAAAGAACCGACGGCGAGCGACGUCAGUAUUGUCGACUCGCCUGCCGCGGAAAGAUCGGGCACCGCAAUUUCGGAGACCCCACCGCCCACAAAGAGUCUAGAAGCUUCUAGAAGCAAAUCGGCGGGCAACGUGAAAACUACGCUGUACGGCACGCCCGUGCUGAACAUCGCGUCUCCGUAUAUGAAGCUGCCCAGUGACGAGAAUUUCGCAAAGGACAUCUGCGACGUGAUCAACUUCGAGAAUCUGCCCAACUCGACGGGCAAAUACAAGAAGAUAUGCAGCUUACUGAAGAAGGUGAAAAGUGAAGUGGACAGGAUCCAGGAGUCA